AUGGCAAGUCCCGCAUCCGCGUCUGACACCGUCCCGCCGCGGCCGACGGCCACCUCUUCGCCGAGUGGAGCGUCGCCGUCAGUGUCGUCUCCGACUGCCAUCGUCGUCACCGACUCCAUCAAGAACACCGUGUAUGUGAAGGCAAGGAGUGUUUCCUGGGAAGGCAUUUCACCUCACUAUACCCGCAGCCGCAGAAAUAACUCAUAUGAAGAACUGAGGCUUUUGUGUGGUCAUUGGCCUCCUGAACUGCCAAGCUGUAAAUCUUCAGGUAUUUAG